AGGAGAUAGACGUGUAAGGAGUCAUUUUGAACUGGAAAAUGCUAGCCAGGAACAAGUCUAUAAGAGUCGCCGUUCGGCGCCCCUUUCAUGAUCAUAACCAUCAAUCAAAGCCAUCAAUCAAAGCCAUCAAUCAAAGCCAUCAAUCAAAGCCAUCAUUCAAAGCCAUCAAUCAAACCAUUCUCUGAUAAUCACUCACUCACCUCUUAUCCAAAAUGCAUAUUUUUGACUCCAUCCCCUGGUCAACCCUCCUACCCUCCAUCCUGAUGCUUUCGACCACCGUCGAAGGAGUCGCUAUCCGACACCACAAGAAACAUAGUUGCAGCGGCAACAUCUUCGUGCAAUGCUCUAGCAUUGCAUCCUACACUUGCUGCGGCUCCUCAAGAGCCCUGGAGUCCACCCGUUUCCUUGGGCUCGGAGAUACCUACUUGGGGUCCGUCUGCACCAAGAAGAAAUCCGCCGACUGUGGCACUGUUGUGAAGUCUUCGACAGGAAGCAGACUGUGCUUGAGUCAUAAGAAUAUCAAGGGAGCGUUCUGGCUGGAUUGUACUCGGUGUUCGAAACGUGGGGUUGUCAUUGAUGGUGAUGACGACUCGGAUUCUACGAGUGACUAUGCCGACUUUAAUGUCACGGAUGUGGUGGAGCCUGAUCUUAUUGGGUUCAAUGGAUAUACUUUCCAUAUUAACUACAAUGUUCCUCAGAAUGUUACUGAUGCAUUUGAGGCGCUCGCUGAGGAAGAUGCUUCUGUGGAGGAGUUUCCAGAUUAUUUGUGGGAUUAUUAUGCUGGUAUGGUGGAUGAUGAGGAGUAAUCUGUUGUAGCACUGGGGAUAGGAAUAGGGGGGAGGCAAUGUUGGAAUCAUGUGUUGCUACAUCGUGUAUAUUGAUUGUACCCAGUAAUUCUAUUAGUUGGAUGGUCAUAGAAUACUCGCCUGCGCGAGGAUAAAGAAAUGUUGAGC